AUGCCAUCUGAAUGUGUGAAAGUUAUUGUUAGAGUCAGGCCAUUUAAUUAAAGAGAAAAAGACAACGGUAGCAAAACAUGCGUAAAUGUUCAUGAAAGUACAAAUUGUGUAGAACUCUUUAGAGUAUUUAAUACAAAAUUAUUGUAUGAGUAGAGUUCAGACAAUGAUUAAAAAUAAUAUACUUAUGAUUAUGUAUUUGGACCAGAGACUCCUUAAUUGUAAAUAUAUUAAUAGACUGCAUUUAAUUUGAUUGAAUCAGUGGCAGAAGGAUACAACGGAACAAUAUUUGCAUAUGGUUAAACUGGUAUAAAGAAUUAAUAAUGAUUUAGGUUGUGGUAAGACGUUUACAAUGAUUGGAGAUGCAUAGAAUGUAUAAUGAAUCACAUAAAUCUUAUUAGGAAAGUCUGAAAGGGAUAAUUCCGAGAAGUUUCGAAUAAAUAAUUAGUAUAAUCAAUAACAAUAGUGAUUAAAAUAAGAAAUUCUUAUUAAGAUGUUCAUAUAUUGAGAUAUAUAAUGAAGAGAUUCACGAUUUAUUGAGUAAAGAUGUUAAAUAAAGAUAUGAAUUAAAAGAAGGAUAAUAAGGUGUGUAUGUUAAAGAUUUGAACAUUCCAAUACUUAAAACAUUGUAGGAGAUGGAAAAGUAUAUGACUUUGGGUGCUUAGAAUAGAUCAGUUGGAGCAACAGCAAUGAAUAAGGAAUCAAGUAGAAGCCAUUGUAUUUUUACAGUAUAUAUUGAAUGUUCAUUGAGUGAUGAAAAAGGAAAUGAACGUAUAACAGCUGGGAAAUUGAAUUUGGUAGAUUUGGCAGGAAGCGAAAGAUAAUCAAAGACUUAAGCUACAGGUGAUAGAUUGAAGGAAGCAACUAAAAUUAAUUUAUCAUUAUCUGCCUUAGGAAAUGUGAUUUCAGCUUUAGUUGAUGGUAAGACUUAACAUAUUCCAUACAGAGAUUCUAAAUUAACAAGAUUAUUAUAAGACUCCUUAGGUGGGAAUACAAAGACAAUAAUGAUUACUGCAAUAUCUCCAUCGGAUUUUAAUUAUGAAGAGACUUUAUCUAGUUUAAGAUAUGCAUCUAGAGCUAAAAUGAUUAAAAAUUAACCUAAAGUUAAUGAAGAUCCAAAAGAUGCUCUUUUAAAAGAAUAAGCUGAAGAAAUUAAAAAACUUAGGGAAUUAUUAUUAAGAUAAAAUUAAGAGAAAGGGGAUAGGAUUUAAAUUGAUAAUAUUACAAUUAAUAAUCAUUAACAUAAUAAUCAUUAACAUAAUAAUCAAAAUGAAUAAAUUAAUUAAUUUAAAGAGAUUAAUAAUUAAUUACUUUUGGAAAAGUAAAGAUAUGAAUCUGAAAUGAAAUAAAAAAGUGAAUAAGCUGAAUAAGAAAGAUAAGCAAGAUAGAGAUUAGAAGAAUUACUAAAAGAAAAAGAAUAAAUGAUGAUCAAAGGAGGUAAAGGAACUGAUGAUGAUAAAAAAAAAUAUAAGAAAAUGCAAUAAGCUAUAGAGUUAUAAAAAAAAGAACAUGAAUAACUUAAAUCAAUGUAAGAAUAAAAAGAAAAAGAAAUGCUUGAAAUUGAAUAUAAAUAUAAUAGUGUAUAGGAUGAAGUUGAAAAAUUAAGAAAAUAAGUUAAAUUUCUAAAAAAUAAAUAUGAAUAAUAAAAAUAAGAAUUAAAUGAUAUGAAAUAAGAUUUUGAAUAUGAUAAAGAAGAAUUUUUAGAUACAAUUAGAUCAUAAUCGAAAGAAAUUAAAUUAUUUUCUGGAAUUUUGAGAAUGAUACUAUUAUAAGAAGAUAUUGACAAAAUAACUAAUAUUUGUGAAUGGAAUGAAGAUUUAGAAGAAUAUAAAAUACCUCCUUUUAAUAUUAAAGCUAAAAAAGUUAAUUUUCCUAGUUUGCCAUAUUAAAAAGCAAUGGAUUUGAUUGAUGUAGAAAAAUAAGAAAGAUAAAUUGAAAUUAAUUCAAAAUAAAUUGAAAUUAAUUAAAGAUAAUUACCUUCUAGUUAUAGAGAUGUUGAAAACACUAGAAAUAACUCACCUUAUAAACAAAGAAAAGGUAUUAAAUAUUUAUAUAUAAUUAGGUGAAUCAUAACCAAAAAUGAAUGGAAAUAAUGAUAAUAAAGGGAUGAGUAUAGUAGAAAAGACAAAGUUAAAUUAAUAGUUAUUAGAACUUUAUGAAGGAAAGACUAAUAAACAUUAAAAAGACGAAUUGCAAUAACAAUAAUAGUUAUAAAAAAGAGUGAAUUAGAAGAUUAUUUUAAAUCCUAUUGAUAAUAGAGGCAAUACAGUUUCUAGUUUUAAUAAUUAAUGUGAAUUAAUAGUUGUUAAUAAUAAUUAAAACACAUCUUAAAUAACUCCUCCUCCCUUGAAUAAAAAAAGUAUUAAAAAUGAAUAUUGUAGUAUCAAAUUUAAAUCCUUUGGAAUAAAAACCUCCAACUGGAAGAUAGAUGUAACUGUAAAAGACGUAAUAAUAAUACUGA